CAACAUGGAGAUAUGACGUAACAUUUGACAGCUUUGACCAUUAUAAUGUAUGAUGUGUGUCCUCUUUUAUAGUUUUUGGAUGCCAUUGUUAUAAUAUUUAGAAUGAGCUACUUUUCAUCUCGUCAUUAUGUUAGCCUACAUAGUCAUUAUUUUAAUGUUUUUUGCCAUUCAUUUUUCAUCAUCAGCUCCUCUAACACUGUCUGAAACUGCGUCCUGAUGCUUGUGUUCUUAUCAGAUGGAUGGGCGAGUUUGAUUGAAGCAUUUGUCAUGUAAAUGCGAGCCAUUUGAUGGACGAGCGCGCAGACUUGACAGAGUGCUGGAGGUCCUUUGCCAUUGGCGUUUAGCGGGUCACAUGGUGUGUCAGGAAGGUGAUAUGAGGGUGGAAGGCAGUUUUACAGCUUUGACAUACUACCUAGAAGGUUAGGGCAAAGGGAGCACCGAUUAAUGACUGCUCAGUCUUGAUCAGUUGGGAACAAACAAUAGGCCCAAGGAUGAACUCCUACUUAGACUACCCCGUGUGUAACCGGGGUGCAAACAUUUUCAGUGCCAAGGCCGGAUACCACAAUUUAAACCAUGGAUACAUGUCGUCCAACUCGUGCGCAACAAGUGAUAGUUACGCGCCGGACGGGCGUUUAGUUGCUUCAACCUCUGCGCCACACCAGACCCCGAGCCUCCCUCUGCACCCCCACCAGACACACGUCAACCUGGAUCUGCAGUUUGCAACACCGGGAAACUGCAUGUAUGGUUCACCUCUGGAGUACGGACAUCACCAGUACGGCCUCGCACCCGAGCAGGACCGAAGCUUCAUUCAUGCGCAAGUCUCCCCCCUCGGAACAAACAUGGCUCCCUACACCGGGGACAGCUGUGGACCUGGAGUCGCAACAGGCAGCCAGUAUCUACAUUUUGGAAACGGAGACCAGAGGCAGCAAGAAUAUCCAGAAAGUGUUUACACAAGGUUACCGCCCCAAAGUAGGGAGAAUGAUUUGGACCAUGUGGAGGAAACUUCUAAAACAUUUGACUGGAUGAAAGUGAAGCGGAAUCCACCUAAAACAGCUGUCCACUCGGAGUUCGGAGUCCCCGGCCAGCACAACGUGAUCCGCACCAACUUCACCACCAAGCAGCUCACCGAGCUGGAGAAAGAGUUCCACUUCAACAAAUACCUGACGCGGGCACGGAGGGUGGAGGUCGCCGCCAGUCUGGAGCUCAACGAGACGCAGGUGAAAAUCUGGUUUCAGAACCGCAGGAUGAAGCAGAAGAAACGCGAGAAACUGGGCUGCGUUUUGGUUAACACUCCGGCACCUGUGGAGAAACUCUCCGGCCCUGACACUCCUCCAAAGGGAAAAGGGAAAGACUGUGAACCAUGAUGUGACUUUUGAUCAGAAAAAACACACACACACACACACACAAUAUGAAUGUGGGGGCCUGAGCAGUCUCACGCACCAUUCCAAAAAAA